UGUUGACGUUAAGCGUUUGAAUGUUUCUCUGCGCUGCAAUGAAAGUGCGAAAUAAUGUGGACUAACGUGUGCGCUAACUUCGAAGGCGAAACCACUGUAUUCGGUCAACGCAAUGAGGAAAAAGGUGGAUCCCAGCUGUACGAGGUCCGGACGCAGUUUACGAUUUGUGCAGCAGACUCCUCAGGUGUGGUCCCAGUGCAGCAACCAGUCGUAAAGGGCGCUGUUUCGCAGAAACAUUUUGCUGUCGCUAUCGACGAUGUCGUCAACGUGUUCAAGCAUGGCAGGUUCCUGUUCUCUACGCGUUUCGACGCCGCAGUCGACGCCGUCGCUUUGUGUAGCGACAUCCUGGACGGACUUCUCAUUGUUGCGGAGAGGAGUGCCCACUUGCACAUACUCACCGUCGAGUCGGCACAGUGCAUCGUCAAGCUACCCGUCCCUGGCACGGAAAGUGACGAUGCCGCUGCGCUGUUUCGUUCCGUGGACGUGAAGAAGAACGGCGACGGUUACACCGUGUGCGUGCUGACGGGACACCAUGUCAUAACAGCCGCGAUUAGCCACGACGUGAUUGCGCAGCUCGCGUCAUCGGACCAGCCAGACUUGUCGCUACUCCAAAUCCGCGUUGUAGACAUCAGUCAACACCGUGGGCGACAUGAUUUGAUGCUUUCGCUGCUGCCAAUGGCGAGUGCUUGCGUGUUAGACGACGACCUUUUGGUCACUGGUGGACGGGGAGCUCUUUGCUGCAUUCCCAUGGACUCCGAGAGUUCGGCGUAUGGCAUCCUUUACGACGUUGCUGGCGAACGGGUUCGCAAGAUGGUCGUAGUAGACAGCCUCUGCACUCUGCUUACGCUCACUGAAGGCAGUCGGCUGGUCAGCAUCAGCUUGAAGACCUUUAUCAUCAAGGACAUUUGGUCGGAGAAGAUAGUUGAAGACUUUGCUUUCUGCGAAGAAGCCGCCUCCAGAACGGAACAUGGCCCUGAGCAAGAGUGCAGAGUGGCUGUUCUGACAGCUAUUUCUGAAGUUUCACCUAGAAGACUAGAGAUCUACAGCAUUCCCGAGUUUUCCAUGCUGUAUGCCUUGGAAGUCAACGAAACCUGCCACAUGAUGUCAUUUUGCGGCUCCUUGGAUGAUUUCUGGAUAGUUGAAGGCUUCAGUGAUAAUGAGGAAACCUUAACGGAGCUCAGAGUUCGCGCGAUCAGCGAGGCGCUGCCUGAAAACCAUUUGAUGAAACUGAUCAACAAAAACAAGUUUGCGGAAGCUGAAAAAUUUGCAGAGUUGUUCAACCUCUCUGUUGAAGAAGUUCACUGGCACCAUCUCUUGUACAUCCUCAAGGACUUGAGCAGCAGGCAGACAGAUGCAUCGAUGGAUGAAGAUGAUGAACUGAAACUGGUCCACGAAGGUGACGUGGUGAAGAUGCUUCCAGACGCGUUACAAGUGGCUAGGUGCUGCAUCGAGACACCUGUUGCCUCAGCUACUGUUGCAUGCAAGCUGUUGCUUUUCUUGCAAGGGCAUGUAUCAUCUGCAAAAGAUUGUGACGCUGAAGAACGGGAUAUCGUGUCAGCUCAGAUUAUGCGGCUACUGAACAGGGCUAACACGUUCAGGUUUCUGUGUGACAGUGACUUCAAAAGUGACUGGUUUUCAUUUUCACAAACUGACCUAAUCCAGGAGAUCUGCGCCCUCUUCCGAGAUGACCACGUGUCUGCGGGAUUUUUCAUAUGGGAACGCCAUCAGGACGAGUUCUUGCAAGGCUUGAGCUGUGAUGUGCAUAGAGCACUUUUAGAUUCCAUUCAAAUAACUGUAGAGCUUUCUUGCCUUCUACAGUGGCUUAAAGAUAGCUUUCUGCCUCUAUUGUUUCGAUCGUUGCCUGAGAGCCUUGAAUGCGUCUGCCAGUGGGUUGUAGGUAGAGUUCUGCAGAUGGAAGUCAGUAGUAAGCCACUCUGGCCCUCUGGAGCCUUGGAACUCGUAAAGGUUGUUUUGGAUAAUUUCCAAAUGACCAGCACGACAGCAGAAUAUGUGUCGUUGAAUACAUGGCUGGUUGUGCAUGGUGUUCCAAAAAGAAUAAGGGACAAUACUAGUGCGCUGUGCAAGCUGUACCGUCUCUACCUGGACCUCCAAAGCCUUGAAGUUCUGUGGAGCAAAUACAAGUGCCGUCUUGCCCUGCAAGAGCUGGAAAAUGCCGACAAACAGGAAGUGGCAUUUGCCAUCCUCGACGAGCUGAUUACAAAGGAACAGGCUACAUCAAUUGUGCAAGGAUUUCUAGUGCAAUUUGUUCAAGCCAGUGGGCUGGACAUCUCAAAUGUGCUGCAGUGCUAUGUUGAUCAGGUACUUCACUACAGAGAUGUCAGUUUGAUGCACGAUGAGCUUCUGGAAGACAAGAUGGUUGCCUUAGCGGCGCUUAUUGACCAUCCUCAAUGUUGGCUUCACGCUGUAAAGAAGAUCCUCCGCCAUGCACACGUGCCAUGGAGUGAAAGCAUUCAACGGCUUGCGGAUCAGGGUUGCUUGCUGAGAGGUUCAGCUGCUGGUGAGAUUGAUUGCGAGAGGAAGCGAAUGCAGGCUAAAAUGAUUCUUAUGGGCUAUGAUGUCAACUUGUUUCGUUCUGUGACACUCGGCACCACCGCUACACUGGUAAGAUGCAUUCUGCUUAGUGAAAAGCAAGAAGCCUUGCAGGAUGCUCUCACUGUAGCCAAGAACUUGGGUGACAUGUCAGAAACUGAUGUGUUUUUGCUUUACCUGCAAAUGGCUUAUGCCAAAGCCGACAUUGAUAGAUUUGCUGAGGUGUUGCAGAGUGUCCCACAGGAACUUUUACUUGAAGUUGGUCCCAGGCUCUGUACAUUUGCAGAGCUCCUCCUGAAGCGUCACAGUAUAUACUCGGAGGCGAGAGCUGCAGGCCUGGUGGAAUGUUGGCAAUAUUUACUGAGCGCCUUGCAGCAGAAUUCAGGGACUAGUGCCGUUGAUUACGAUACAAUGCACCGCCAGGUGCGCCAGGGAAUGGUGUUAAGAAGAGACUUUGGCAUUACUGCUUCUGUGUCUGACUUGUGCUGUGAAAGUGACAAGCUUGAAGUCAUGAAACAAGGUUUCCAGAAAGUCUUGUCAAGUGAAUCCACACGAGGUCCGGCCACAUGUAGGAACAUCUGCAAAAAGGCGCUUUACCUCGCUGGAGUCUUGAAGCUUGAUCCGCAGCCUGCCAUAGAAGUCAUGAUCAGUUUGGCACUUGAGCUUAAACGAGAUGACAUGGUGGACUCAUUGUGCACUUGCCUGUUGGAGCUCCAUCAUAUUCGAGAAUCUGUCCUUACCAUUUUGCCCAUGAUAUUUUCUCAGUGUGAAGAUGUGUUGCACAUAGCAUCAAAGGUGCACAAAAUUGCUUCCCGUGUAGUAGUGGCAUCUGGAGUUAGUGAUGUCAACAAGUGUACAAAGGUUGCUCUUUGGGCAGGCAUUCUGGUGCAAGCUUCGGUUCCAUUUGGCAACGUUGACCAUUGUUCAAGUGUUUCUGCGUGCAUGUGCUCAACAAAAGGAAAAAAUUUUCUACACAGCAGGCAUGGAUAUGCUCUGGAUAAAAAGCAAGUGCUGAUACACUUAGCUGCUCUGGGAAAGUCUGUGUGGAGCUUCCUGGACAAGAAGCACCUAGAACUUCUAGAAGAAGUGAAGCUCUGUUUGCAAGAAACAUGUCAUUAUCUUAGUGGGAGGUCUCAAGAUGAACUUUGCCUGUCUGUGGUUGCAACAGUUUUACAUAUGUUUCUUGAUAUCCCACUGCAAGAUUCAGUGCAAGAAGCACUUCAAGAAGUGGCUGAACGCCAGAUCAGCAAAAGUACUCUUUCAAUCGUUGCCCGAGCUUCAGCUAGAAAACAUGCCGACAUGCCUUUCUUGAAGGGCCUGCUGUGCAACUUGCAGCCAAAAAAGGCACUUACAACACUAAAGAAGCUUCUUUCUCAGUGCAACAGCAACUUUAGGUUGCUCAAAACUCUCGCUACUCUCAGUUUAGAAGUCUGCAGUGACUCAGCUGAGAAAUCAGCAUUUCGAGUUCUUGUAAAAACUGCAUACUGGUGCGAGAAGUUGGCAAAAUUGGACAUUUCUAUUGCAGAUGCAAUGACAAAACGGAACACUCCUGUCUUACAGUCUGCUCUUGAGCAAAUGGAGAAGUCUCCGUUCAUUGAUGUUGAUGGCCUUGCAAGCUACUGCAGUUCCUUUAACAUGGACAGAGAGGCAUCGCUUUCUCGAAGGCUUGAGUUCCUUUUGUGUACUCAGGAAGGAGACCCUUGUGCUAAGGGCUGGAGCCUGCAACAAAGAAUAGCAGAGGCUUCUCGUGUGCUUGGGAAAAUUCCCAAGGCAUCGGUGCAAAAGGUGCUUACGAAGGCUCUAGCCAAAGUAAACCCAUAUCAUUAUGAAAUAUUACAGUUUGGCUACGAAUACAUAAGAGCCAUUGAAGAAGGACCAGAGAGCAAUGUUGAAAGGGAAAUUGGCAUACUGUACUUUCUUGAGUCAUAUAAAAGGUACAGCCCUCCCACAGAACAAGAAAUGGACUUGUGGUUUGAAGAAUAUCCGCUGGCUGACAUAUCGUCUCUCAUGCAGUCAAGAUUACCAUUUCGUCAUUUGCUUAAGCCAUCGUUGUGGCAUUUCAUCACCGAUGAGCUGUACCCUGAAACUGUGGAUGCGUGGCUGAAUGUUGCAGACACACUCGGGCUGGAUAAAGACGACAUCCGAUUCAUUGCUGUGGAUAAUGCCACCCGCAUGUGGAGUGCGCACCAUCACAAGGGAAAUAUAUUAGAUGUGGCAUUUCUCUCAAGUGUCAAGAGACUGAUAGAACAAAUGAGCAAAAAGGAAAAGGCUGUUGCAUGCCUGAUGAAGCUUCUAGAGAACUUACCAAGAGGCCCAACAGCCACAAGAGUUGCUAGAGAGUGUGCAACAUUGCCUGAUGCAUUUUUUGUAUCCAGUGAGGCAAAAUCUAAGGUGGCUGAUGCGAAGGUGAAAUUUGGAAGAAAGUACAUAAGGCUACGAAAUGAACAACUGCUCAAGCAGUACAGUUUGAACACCUCUUCGUACUUGGCACUGUGCGGCAGAACAGCCGACCUCGUAGCUGCAUUGCUGGAGGACACGAGAUGGCAGCUUGUUUUUUCUGACACAUCAGCACUCUACAGCUGCAUAGAUCAAAUUGCUUCCAAUGACGGUGUGGUCCCGGUAGACUUUCCCAGUCUCCUUAAGAAAUCUGUAAAGCGGUGGCUAGGGUUCCAGGCAACUGAAAACACUGGCGACGAAAGUACCUUGGAACCUUGUUUUGAGGCAAGUCAUGUGGGCGUUGUAAAAAGAUGUGCUAAUUUUGUCACCAUUGUUCACCUUAUGCAACAUAUUCCAGAACAAAUGAAGGCAGUUCUUUCUAGUACAGCAUCAGCAAGUGAUAGUUUCACUGGUCUCAGACCACGCGUCCUCGCCACAAUGUGCAUGCUAGCCGGUCUGGGAAUCUCGGAUCCCAGUCUUCUCGACAUGCCACAGAACAGUCACAUGUCCAACCUGGAGGAGCUCAGAAUUUUGGCUUACAAAGCCAGGUUACAGCAGCUCGGCGUACCACUCCCGUCUUUGGGUCUUGAUGCAGACAGUGCCUCUGAAAUUGCCAGUGUGGUCCUCAAUUUAGCCAGUCACAAUGCUGUGGCACUGGAGUUGGUGUGCAAUUUCUGCAUUGAUUAUCACAUCCAAACUCUGCCUACUUGGGAAGCGUUUCUAUCGGCAGCCGCUAGUGCCGGCGCAACUGAUGCCAUUUGCCAAGCUUUGCCUGUAUUGGGUGGCCAGCCGUUACUGUGGUCCAAACCGGCAUUCAUCUCUGCGUGGCAGUAUGUCCUUCAGAGCACACCCGCCUCACUGUUUAGUGCAUCAAGCAGACUACUUCCUUUGCUUCUACGCUGCCCAAUCAUCCAAAGUCUUCCGCCAUUACUUCACGAAGGUGAUCGCUGCGAUCAAGAAGGUGUUUUGUUCAACUUUGUGUACAGUGUUGUUGAGAGAGUCGGGACAUGUUCAGUACAGUGUGAGAAAAUGGCUGAGGCAGUUUUCUUCAAGGUCACUGAAGUUGCUAGUUACUUGUAAAGAUCAGGUGAACAUUUUGAAACUUCCAAACGUGAAUGGAGCUUUGGAGGAGACAAUUUAACAAAGCAUUAACUAACUGCAGGGGAACUUUGCCUCAACAAAACUGUGACUGUGGUAAAUGUUUGGUUGUUAUUGUCAUGUUUUUUAAUACAGCAUCAUGUUAAACAGACCAGAUAGAUUUUUCCAUAUAUGCAGUUGUAGGCCUGGGUGUUUCACU